AUGUUUUACAGUCACGAAAUCCUCACAUCACGUAAAUAUGGUGUGGCGACGGUGUGGCUCGUUGCAACCCUCGGCGCCAAAUCAAGCCUGAAGCGCAUCAACCGCAAGCAAAUUCUUGAUGUCGACGUAUCCAAAGCAUGCCAAACCAUCAUCGAUCCAGUAGCUCCCCUGGCUCUACGUCUACAGGGAAACUUGUUAUAUGGACUAUCGCGAGUGUACCUACAGCAGUGUGGAUAUAUUCUUUCGGAUGCACAGAAUGCUCAACUUGCUCUAAGAAUGGCAUUACGGACAGUUCAGAAUACCGAGCUUGAUCCUGCUGCCGGCAAAGCCAAUCCACAGCAACUCAUUCUCCAAGACGACCCCUCGUUCCUCCCCGAUUUUGCCCCUCCCCCGCCAGAACUACUCGCUGAUCUAGACUUCAACUUCAACCUCGACAUAACACAUUCUGGCGAGUCCCAGUCUCUAACACCGUUUGGCUCUCAGCAGUAUUCGUCUUCUUCUCGUGUCGGUAGUGCAGGCGGUCUCAUCCUCCCUCCCUCUUCCCCCGUCACUUCGGGCGGAUUUGGUCUCGAAGGCGAUUAUGGAAUAGGCAGCAUUGGCCAACAUAGUGCCAUGCUUGGAGCCGGCGACACAAUCGAAAUCGAAGAUCCGGAUUUUGAAUUUGGGGAUGAUGGCGAGAUCAUUCAUUUGUCGCCAGGUGCUGUGUCGCUCAGAACCCUUGCUACGCCUGCACGUGCGCCCAGGUCUGGGAAUGCUGGACAGAAUGAUAAGGUGAGAAAGGACCCUCCACAGAGCCAACAGGCUCUUGAUCAGUUGCCUGAUGAUGAGUUGCAUGUUGCGCUUCCCGGUGAAGAAGACGGCCUUCCCGAAGGCGGCAGUUAUUCCUCAAGUGGCGCGCUACAGUCUCAGCAGUCUUCAGAAGUGGUAGAAUCAUCAGAAACUUUUACCGCUCCCAUGCGCCGACAUCGACUUCCGCGCGCCAUUCCUGCAGAUACAGUAACAGAACUUCGUAACAAGGAUCUGAUUGACUGGGGCGCGAACUAUCUCAAGAACAUGAGGACUGCUACGAAACAGAAGAUCCAUAAUCGCGCCCUGACACAAGCAAAGAAAAACGCUGAGCAUUAUGUAUGGGAGUCUGGACUAGGUGGUAUUGGCCAACGUAUCCAUGGGCGCGAAGGCUAUAAUCCAUUUGAUAUGUUCAUGGGCGACAAACUCUUCGAGGCUAUCACUGGCAUGAGUCGCAAAGUAACCGGACGUAAGCAUGAUCGCGAUAGCGGUAUUGACGAUGCUACGCAAGAACAGGCACGUCGUGUACGCCAGAAGAGUGGCGAGCUUGAGGCUGCUCGAGGCGCUGAUGAUGAAGGAUUUUCUAUGCCUCUUGGAGACGACGAAGCUGCAGUUGAACUGCCUCGUGAAGCAGCCCCCACUCUCGAUGAUCAACAUGUCUCCUCUGCAAUGCCGUGGAACAUGAGUGCUUCUGCUAGAAGCUCAUCAGCCAUUCCUUGCAGUAGGCGUAUCGGCAUGACUAGCUCAACCGAUCAUGGAAGACAUCGAAGUCGCCUGGUAUCCGCCUCUCCACUGCAUGGACGAGGCCCGUCUAUUCCGUUUGAUUUGAAUGAUCUUACAAGUGACGCGGAUUAUGCGGGCAACGAGUUUCGGCUGUCAGGACUCAGCUCAGACUUUCCCGAGGUUGCAGCUCUUCCAAAUACCAACUCACAGGUACCCAAAGUACUUUCUAUCGAAUGCGAAAACUUUAUCACCUACAUAUGCGAAAAGAUGAGAGACAAGGGAGAUCAUGCACAGAUAGAGACAGGUGUUGUGACUAAUGCUGAAGAAAUUACUUUUGAAGAGCUACUUCCGCCUACGGAGAAUACAAAGAUGAUUGCUUGUCACGGUCUCAUGAUGGUUCUCACACUGGGCACAAGAGGUAUGCUCGACAUACAGCAGUCCGAGCACCUCGGUGACAUUCAUCUUCGCUUAUCUGAGAAAACCAAAGUGCUGGAAAUCAUUGAGAUUAGCGAUGGGGAAGACGAACUCGAGGAAGAAGACGAGCAAAUGGAAGACCCAGCGCAUGUCGAGGACGAAGGACAUUUCCGGGAGCAGUUUGCUGCUGGGCAUGCUGCCCAGGUGGACGACGGUCACGAGUCUUUCUACGAUGAUUGA